CUCAAGUGAAGGAGGAAUCAGAGACACCAAAAAAUGAAGAUCAACCUGAAACUUCUUUUUUGCCCUGGAUUCCUUCUACUGCUUAUGGUCAGUCAAAGCCAGGCAAGGGCCAAGCCCAUUUCCAGCUUACAGCGUAUGUCUGGACUGUUAGAUGAGGACCUGGAGCAUCCACUGGUCUCAGAAGACGGAGACCAUGAGCAAGACAACAUAAUCCCAAGAGGUGCCUUUGAUCAGCAAGACACUGAAUCCCAGUGGACCCGAAACACCAGGGACCAGCCUGAGGGCAUGUCCAUGGGUGAUAGUGCUGUCCAGAGGUUCUUCAGUGACCUCCGAAAUUCACCCCGUAAAUACCAAGGCCUCUCCAGGGGCUGUUUUGGUGUCAAGCUGGACAGAAUUGGGUCACUGAGUGGACUGGGAUGCUAACUGCUG